ACCUGUUCGUUCUUCCAUAUUUUCAGUGUUUUGGAUGGUUGGCGGGAACCACACCAUCUCCAGCAUGCUAAUGGUCCUCGUUGCAGUCUUGUUGGCUUUUGUAGUUUUCUUCAAUUUAAACGAGGUUUAAGUCAUUAUACUGGGCCAUCCACGGAAAAAGAUGCUGUGGAUAUGUUUGAUGAAGGAAAACCUCAAUGGGCUCUUCAAGUGGAGAUGGAUAGAAGCAAGGCUUCUGGUUUUUCAGCUCGGAUGUUGCCUCAUUACCCUGAUAGGAUCAAUUUCAGAGGAGAAAAAUUGUCAGGGGGAUUAGUCAACAGGAAAAGUGUAGAGGAACAAAAGAAGCAGACUCGUAGACAUCUUCAUGAACGUUUAGCCAGGGAGGUGGAAUUGACUAAAGUUUCUAACCCAAGCAGCUGCAAUGCUCUUGAUACUGUGUGUCUGAGCACCGAUGAGCUCAUGCCUAUAAAUCCAUGGGUCACGGAAGUUGAAAGAGCAAAAACAAAUAGAUUGGAAGCUCAUCAAAAUAUUGGUUAUUGGAAGAUGAAGCCAGAGCUUGAGAUCCCAAAAGACCAAAGAGGUUUAAGAGAUGAGAAGGUUGAGCAUGACGAGUCAAAUGAUGGGAUUUCCCAUGAUAAGUUAGAGUUGUAAGGAGGUCGUCCCUGUAGUUCAGGAGUAAAUAAUCUUAAUGAAAAAGGGGAUUUCCUUGGCUCAUUCAACCAAGGGUCUGUCUCAUAUAACAGGCAAGCUCAUGUACCCCUACCAAGAUCCAGUAACUAUGGAGAAACACGUUUGAUGAAG